CAGUCAAAGACAUCCUGUAAUAAGUGGUGCGAAAAUGCGCUCGUUUUUACCUGCAGUGGCCGAACAACUUUUCCGAGACAUACAGAAAACAUACCAGGAGGCUUCUCAAAUUCCCAAUGACCUGCUGAUUGCGCUGAAGUUUGUCUUCGGGUCUUGUGCGUUACAGGCUUUGGAUUUGGUUGACCAGCACUCAGUCACCUGUUUGACAUCUCCCAGUGGACGCAAGGCCUUUCAGGUAACGGGAGGCUCGGGACGUUUGUACACUUGCUUCUUGUCCUGCCACUACUGCCCAUGUCCAGCCUUUGCCUACAGUGUGCUACGUAGAAAUGAAGGCCUGGUGUGCAAACAUAUCCUGGCUGUGUACCUGAGUCAGGCCAUGGCUGCGACUCAGCAGGAAAACGUAUCUGAUCAGCAGAUGUCCCUGCUGCUCAGUGGGACGAUGGACCCGUGACUGCAGGUAGAUCGACACACCUGGCCCUGCAGAGGCAUGCACCGGAGCGCCGAGCAUCCUGGAUAGAAGCCAGUGUAGUGACAUUCAUGACACAGCAGGGAACACUGUUAUGUCUCUCUGAAAGACCACAGAUGUUGUUCUAUUCAUCUUUUCUUUUGGAAGAGUUCUUAAUCUGUUUUCAAGGAAAUAACAUCUGUUCGCUGAAUAUGGACUGCUCUAUAUUUGGUCUCCUUUUAUCUGAAACUGUCAGUUCAUGAGGCAGCAUCUUCAUACUGAAAGCACUUAAGAAGCUUUCCAGUGUGGGAAAUUUAGACUGUCACAUGGUUUGCAAUUUUAACCUCAGGGGGAAAAAAAGCUGGCGUUUAACAAUAUAAACAUUGCCUUUAUUAACAAAAUAGUUCACCAUACAUACAGAUUUUAUCAUGUUAAAUAGCAAUAUCAGUUAGCAGUUUUGUUGGAGAAACCAAAGAAUGGCCUCUGGAAAACUUGAACAUCAGCUUGACCACAGAGGAAGUUUUUCCUGAUUAGUAGCAACUCUAGAGCACACUGACAGACAGGUACUUCGAAAUGAAAGGCAGGAAUGUUGAAUUCAGUCAACUUAUUUCGACUUACUGUUGAAAUUGAAAAAGAAGGCAAUAGUUUGACAUUGAUAGCUGGCUGAGAAAAGCUGAACACCUACAGUACUUUUUUUUUUUUUUAAACACACAUCAGUCAACAUAGACAGUAAUACAACGUUACAGUGCAUUUACAGUGUAGAUGUCUCCAUUGGAAUGUACUAAACGCUGCACACUCCUGUAUUUUAGCCCUUGAAUUUAGUCAGAGGUGGAUCACUGCACACAAAAGCAAAUGAAGUGGGGGAGAUAAUGAAGCACUGGAGGCAGACGCUGCGCUUGUUUUAACAUCAACACAACGUGGUUCGACACCACCAGUGAAGCACAGCUAACAGGAAAUGAUCAGAAAUGUCAGUGCAAAGCUCUCAUUUGUGUAGUGAUGGGUCUCUGUUGACCAAAACACCUGCUGAUUUUCACACAAGGUGUGAGAAUUCAAAUAAAACCGCUGUGCUCUGGUUAAUCUUACAUGCUCUUGCAUAUGCUGAGCUUUGAAAGUUACAGCAACACUUCUGUGAGGUUUGCUGCACUAUGAGCACCACUGAGAGUGUGUAACAAAUUAUUUCUCUAGUGUUACCCUAUCCUUUAUUCUUUUUUUUGACUUCAGUUAGACUCAGUCAUCGGUUUGAGAGCUCAGUUAAAAUGGCCAUGUUUACUUAAAUUAAAAAGCUAAUGUCGGUGCAGUCUUGACGACUGGCUUCACUAACAGGGCCUCGGGAUUCCAGCUGAGACUGUCUAUGUGGGGGAGGGCAUUGUCAGCUGUACUCCUGAGGCGAGUCACAUUCAUUUAUUCCCAAAUAAAUCAAAGCAGUGAUGCUUUAUGCCUUUAAGUGCUUGGAUACAGAAUAAUAAAUCAAAUUGCAAUGAUCUGAAGAAUCAAGUUUGACUUGGCUUUCAGGAAUGCUACAGUAUCUACAGUAUGUCAUCAUGUGGCUCAAUAGAAAGCAGCUUUGCACAGAUGCAAUGUUUCCAUGAAGGGUGCAAUCAGUUUUUCCUCUUCCUGAGCAUUUGAAAAUGUAAAUCAUGCGGCGCACAACCACACAUGUGUUGUGCUGAACUGCAUCAUAUUAAUGGGUCUGCCUCAAAUCAAAUUGUGCUAUUUUUCUGCAGCUGCAAGACAAAGUUGGUGAAUCCUUUGGAAUUACAAGGAUUUCUAUAUCGAUUCUCCAUGAAACAUGGUCUGAUCUUUGUCCAGUUAAGGAGAUGAGAGGGUGUGGGUUAUAGGACUUUGAAUCUCUUUUUUUUGUUUUUUGUUUUUUGGGGGGGGGGGAUUUUCAAUCAAAAAAAAGUCUCAGAUACGCACAGGAAAUUCCAAAGUGUUGCUCGUCUCUUCCCUGCAGAAAAAAAAAUGAAGAAACUGGGAGUAACACCAAAUCAAAGUUUCUAAAACAUUUCUUCAUGUAUCACUAUAGCAAAAAAACAUUGAGUAAGAAUGAUAAUGGAUAUCAAACACUAGACAACUUGGGUAUCCAAUAACACUUAUGGGCCAAGGGUCUAUGGACAUUAUUAACAUCUGUGUUUAUCUGGAAUUUUCACUUUGGCUACAGAAACUAAACCCCACAAGUAAUCAAUGCAGAAAUCCUGGUAAUUCCAAGUGGUCCCCUAACUACUACUUCUAGAAAGUGCUUACUCAGUAUAAUAGCUACUGGAGUCGAGCUAAUUUUUGCCCCUCCCCCCAAAAAGACCCUGUGGCUAUGAAACGUGAUUCAUGUGGAAGAAAAAAUUUUGUUUUAAUUUUUCCAUUUCUCCCUGUUUUUUUGUUUUUUAAAUCAGUUACCAUAACUUCCACAAAGCAGAAAAGUGCAUUUUUCUUCCAUCUCUGCACUGCUGAGCUCUUCUGCUUGCGCACACACACACACUCACUCUCACUCACAGGAACACCUGCAAACACUGGCACUUAGUUGAGUUGUAAAGCAGCAGACAACAUUGAGAACAUUUCUGCUUCAUACAGGUGUUACAUUUGUUAUCUGACUCUAAUUUUGAAUUGAUAUGAAAGUUACAUUAGCUCCUCCUAUAAUUAAAUAAAAACUAUAAAAACAAUCUGUCUGCAUACUAAGGUGUGAUAAGUAAGAGUGUGAGUUCAACUUUUAAAGGUUCACAAGCCAAAAGUAACCACGGACAUACUGUACCUUUUAGGUCCACAAGUACAGAUGUAGCCACACAAGUUUUUUUGGGUUUUUUUGUUUUGUUUUUUUAUCUUUACAUUCUCAAAGAUAUAUUUUUUUGUAAUAAAUAAGUUAAUAAACAGUGGCACUGAAUGUUGACAAUAUAAAAUAUAAUAUCAGUAAAGAGGAGUGUUUGCAGUUGUAACAUUAUGUUGGAUUCAAGAUGAUAAGCAGUAAUUUUUCUUAGUUUGGAUCCCAUUCACAGUCCAACAAAUCCAGUUAGCUUUAACAUCUUCACAUAUAUGUAUACACAUAUAUAGGGGUGCACAUAAGUGGUCCGCAGGUGCGCAUUUUGCUGUCAAAAUAAAAGUUGCGCACCAGAUAAGAAGUUGCAACGCAUGUUUGCGUACAUAAGAUUUUCUGGAGGAGGACAGACAUUUGUUUAGAACUCUUAAAGAUGUCGAAGAAGCAAGCUCCUUUAAGCAAUUACUUUGGUGUUCCUCCACCUCCAAAGAAAUGUCAGGAGUCCGAACCGCAAAAGAUGCGCGUAUUCUCGGAAAAGUGGUUGCAGGAGGUGAGCUGGCUUCAAACAAAUGAUGAACGCACAGAGAUGUGGUGCAGAAUAUGCCGUGAAAAUCCCACUCUAGGGGACAAAAAGUGUGCCUUUUAUAUGUACGCAAACGCGCGUUGCAACUUCUUAUGUGGUGCGCGUCUUCUAUUUUGACAGCGAAUGCGCACCUGCGGACCACUUAUGUGCACCCCCGUGUGUGUGUGUGUGUGUGUGUAUAUAUAUAUAUAUAUAUAUAUAUAUAUAUGUAUAUGUGUGUGUGUGUGUGUGUGUGUGUAUAUGUAUGUAUGUGUGUGUGUAUGUAUA